UUUAAACAUUUUAUGGAUAUUAUUCAAAUGCCAUUUUCUCAGUUUCAGUGAAAACUGAGCUCCCGCCAUGGCUGCACCGCUCCUUGUCUGUAACCACUUGUUCCCCCCCCUCGGAAAACCCCUAAUUUCUCACAAUACCGGAAUUCAUUCUCCUCAUCUCUUCUCUUUCCCUUUCCUCUUCCAUAAGAGUUUUCACCUGAAAAUCCCCAAAUUUCACAGGAAAGCCCUGAGAACUUAUCCUGUAAAUGCUCUGGAGACCAAAACCCUAGAAUUGAAGCCUCAGCUCCAAAAUCUGCAGAGCCCUCUUCUCCUUGAAGUUCAGGGCAUGAUGUGUGGUGCCUGUGUGUCGAGGGUCAAAACAAUUUUGCUUUCCGACGAGAGGGUGGAAUCGGUUGCAGUGAAUUUGGUAACAGAGACAGUGGCCGUGAGGUUAAGGAGAGGAGAGAGAAGAGAAACCCCAGAGUUGGGGGAAACCCUGGAAAUGUUGGCAGAGGAACUGGGUUUGAGGUUAAGUGAGUGUGGGUUUCCUUCUAAAAGGAGGGAUUUGAAUUUGGGGUUAGGGCAAAACGUGAGGAAAUGGAGAGAUGUGGUGGAGAAGAAGGAGGCUUCUCUUGUUAAGAGUAGGGUAAAGGUGGCUUUUGCUUGGGCUUUGGUGGCGCUUUGCUGUGGAACACAUGGAGCUCAUUCGUUGCACUCAGUUGGGAUCCACAUUGCUCAUGGGUGGUUUUGGGAACUUUUAGAGAAUUCAUUUGUCAAAUGUGGGAUGGCAUCGAUCGCUCUAUUUGGCCCUGGUAGAGAAUUGCUUUUAGAUGGCCUUGGAGCAUUUGCAAAGCGAUCCCCUAAUAUGAAUUCUCUCGUGGGAUUCGGAUCCCUUGCUGCAUUCAUUAUAAGUGCAGUGUCUCUGUUGAACCCUGGGCUUCAAUGGGACGCAUCGUUCUUUGAUGAACCGGUCAUGCUUCUUGGAUUUGUACUUCUUGGACGAUCUUUAGAAGAAAAAGCAAGGCUUGAAGCUUCUAGUGAUAUGAAUGAACUUUUGUCUCUGGUAUCUUCUCAAUCGCGUCUAGUGGUUUCUUCUUCAGAAGGGGAUCUUUCUGCUGAUAAGGUGCUUAGUGCUGAUUCUAUCUGCCUUGAAGUCCCGACAGAUGAUAUUCGAGUCGGGGAUUCGGUUUUGGUGUUGCCUGGAGAGACUAUCCCAAUAGAUGGGAGAGUUCUUGCAGGACGAAGUUUGGUAGAUGAAUCUAUGCUCACAGGCGAGUCCCUUCCUGUACUAAAAGAAAGUGGUCUUACUGUUUCAGCUGGAACAAUAAAUUGGGAUGGUCCAUUGAAAAUAGAAGCCUCCACUGCUGGAUCCAUGUCUACAAUUGCCAAGAUUAUUCACAUGGUUGAAGAUGCUCAAGGUCGUGAAGCUCCUAUUCAAAGGCUGGCUGAUUCAAUUGCUGGAUAUUUUGUGUAUAGUGUCAUGGCAUUAUCUGCAAUGACUUUUUGUUCUUGGUAUUACAUUGGGACACAUAUCUUUCCAGAUGUGUUGCUUAAUGAUAUAGCAGGGUCUGAGGGAAGCUCACUGCUUUUGAGCUUAAAGCUUUCUGUGGAUGUACUUGUUGUUUCUUGCCCUUGUGCUCUUGGCCUUGCUACACCCACAGCCAUACUUGUAGGCACCUCCCUUGGUGCAAAGCAAGGACUUCUCAUCAGAGGAGGUGAUGUGUUAGAAAGGUUGGCUGGUGUCGAUGUUGUUGCUCUAGACAAAACAGGAACCCUUACAGAAGGAAGGCCAGUUGUUACUUCAGUUGCUUCCUUGAAAUACAAAGAAGAAGAGAUCAUUCGUUUAGCUGCUGCAGUGGAGAAAACAGCUUCACAUCCAAUUGCCAAAGCUAUCGUAAAAAAUGCUGAAUUCCUAAAUCUGGAAAUCCCUCUCACUAGAGGGCAGCUUACUGAACCUGGGUUUGGAGCCUUAGCAGAGGUAGAGGGAAAGUUGGUUGCAGUUGGAACAAGGAAAUGGGUUCAUGAAAGUUUCCAGAAAAUAACCAGACAAUCUGAUUUAAGCGAGCUUGAAAAUGGUAUAAGAGAGUUGUCACCAAAUGGGUCUUCCACAUGUUACAACCCCAGUACUGUUGUAUAUGUUGGGCUACAGGGGGAAGGCAUCAUAGGUGCAGUUGCCGUGUCAGAUACCUUGCGGCGUGAUGCCAAAUCUAUGGUUGGAAGGCUCCAGCAAAUGGGAAUCAGGACGAUCCUGUUAUCUGGUGACAGGGAAGAGGCAGUUGCAAGCGUAGCAAAGAUAGUUGGAAUAGAUAGUGAGAAUGUAAAUGCUUGCUUGACUCCAUCGGAGAAGGCAUGUGCUAUAUCAACUCUGCAAACUCAGGGCCAAUGUGUUGCGAUGGUUGGUGAUGGCAUAAAUGAUGCACCUUCUUUGGCCACUGCUGACGUUGGUCUUGCAAUGCGAAUUCAAGAUAAAGACAAUGCUGCAUCUGAUGCAGCAUCUGUCAUUCUCCUCGGUAACAGGCUCUCACAGGUGGUAGAUGCAUUGGACCUUGCGAGAGCAACAAUUGGAAAAGUUCGUCAAAACCUGGCAUGGGCUGUGCUAUACAAUAUUGUUGCCAUUCCUGUUGCAGCUGGGGUGCUACUCCCACAUUUUGAUUUGGCUAUGACACCCUCUCUCUCAGGAGGACUGAUGGCAUUGAGCUCCAUAUUGGUUGUGACCAACUCUUUGCUUCUGAGAUUUGAUGCAAGAUUCCAGGGUCAGAAAGGAGUUCGACAAUUCGAAAGGAAUGUGUAAACCAAAUCUCUCUCUCUCUCUCGGAAAGGAGCUAGCCAUUCCAAAGGAAUUUGUGGACUAAAUGAGUUAUUCUCUCUCUUCUCUCUCAUGUCUGCCAUUAGAUUAUUUAUCUCUUUCAUGUAUGUCAUAAGAUAAGUCUCUCUUUCUCUCUGUCUCUCUCUCUCUCAUGUCUGUCAUAUUCAUGUAUGAUAACAUUCUAUUUUUGCCAAAAUGAUGAAUCAAACCAGAUCGUAUAUUGAAUUUGCA